AUGGCGGGAAGAAAUGCUAUAAACAAGCCAAAGAUUAAGAUGCUAGCACAUAGCCAUGCAAAGUCUCUAAGCAGAAAGAGGUCGCUCAGGAAUGCUAUUCAAACAAAGUCAUCUACCUCGCGUUAUGCACCAAGAGGAUCUACAGCUCCAAGACCAACAGAUUCCAAGGCUGUUGCUUUAUUCACCGGUGAGACUCCUUCGCCAAACUCUGUCAUGACUACCAAUACUUUGUCCAAAAAGAGGGCGAAAAAGAUUGCCAGAAAUCAAAAGUACUUUACCAAGAAACAGGAGGAGGACGUAUUUAUGAAUAUUGAUAAUGAUUUAAAAAAUUCGAAAUUGGAACAGGCAAAGAAAGCAUUGUGGGAUUUGAUAGAAUUGCGUGCAAAGAAUGGGCCUGUAGUAGUCGCUGAUGCUGAGGGAACCACUUUGGGAGUGCAAUCUUUUUAG